GUGUUCCCUUUUCUUGAUUGGAUGUGCGAUUUUCCGGGACUGUGACGGUGCACGGCGGCGUUGGCGCGAAGGUGCUGAACAAAGACCUGUCUGGCAAUUUAUAUUAUUGCAUAAACUCCAUACACUAGUGUUUAAUACCGUCGUCAUGGCUGAUAAAGAAGCGGCAUUUGACGAUGCGGUGGAGGAGAGGGUGAUUAAUGAAGAAUACAAGAUAUGGAAGAAAAACACCCCUUUCCUGUACGAUCUGGUGAUGACCCAUGCUCUGGAGUGGCCGAGUCUCACAGCGCAGUGGUUGCCCGAUGUUACCAGGCCCGAGGGAAAGGACUUCAGCGUGCACCGUCUGGUGCUGGGCACGCACACCUCGGACGAGCAGAACCACCUGGUCAUCGCCAGCGUGCAGCUGCCCAACGAUGAUGCCCAGUUUGACGCGUCACACUAUGACAGCGAGAAAGGAGAGUUUGGCGGAUUUGGUUCGGUAAGUGGAAAGAUUGAGAUCGAGAUCAAGAUCAACCACGAGGGGGAGGUGAACCGGGCACGCUACAUGCCCCAGAACCCCUGCAUCAUCGCCACCAAGACGCCAACCAGCGACGUGCUGGUCUUCGACUACACCAAGCACCCCUCCAAGCCAGAUCCCUCUGGGGAGUGCACCCCCGACCUGCGCUUGAGGGGGCACCAGAAAGAGGGCUACGGCCUGUCCUGGAACCCCAACCUGAGCGGCUGCCUCCUCAGCGCCUCCGACGACCACACCAUCUGCUUGUGGGACAUCAGCACGGUACCCAAGGAGGGGAAGGUGGUGGACGCCAAGACCAUCUUCACCGGGCACACCGCGGUGGUGGAAGACGUCUCCUGGCACCUGCUGCACGAGUCGCUGUUCGGAUCGGUGGCCGACGACCAGAAGCUCAUGAUCUGGGAUACACGGUCAAACAACACGUCCAAGCCCAGCCACGCAGUGGAUGCCCACACCGCUGAGGUCAACUGCCUGUCAUUCAACCCCUACAGCGAGUUCAUCCUGGCCACCGGCUCAGCGGACAAAACUGUGGCACUUUGGGACCUAAGGAACUUAAAACUGAAGCUGCACUCUUUUGAAUCCCACAAAGAUGAGAUCUUCCAGGUGCAGUGGUCGCCCCAUAAUGAAACUAUCCUGGCCUCCAGCGGGACAGACCGGCGACUCAACGUCUGGGACCUCAGUAAAAUCGGGGAGGAGCAGUCGCCCGAGGACGCUGAAGACGGCCCCCCCGAGCUCCUGUUUAUCCACGGUGGACACACAGCCAAGAUCUCAGACUUCUCCUGGAACCCCAAUGAGCCGUGGGUCAUCUGCUCCGUGUCCGAGGACAACAUCAUGCAAGUGUGGCAGAUGGCGGAGAACAUCUACAACGAUGAAGACCCCGAGGGGGCCGCGGACGCGGAGGUCCAGGGCUGAACGGCCGAGCGAGCCGCACCCCCCGCCCCCGCCCCCGCCCCGCCCCGCCCCACCCCACCCCACCCACCCACCAGACCGUUUCCUUCCACACACACUCUGCAGCAGUCAGCGCAUUCCCACUCGCAGAAAUGCCACAGGGGCAGGCGCAUUUACAAAGUGAAAGAAUAAUUUAUUGGUAGAGCCCCCUCCCCCCUCCAACAGUUUUCUACUAGAAUAUAAAAACAUAUUUUUUUAAUUAAUAAAGAACUCAGUCACUUGCUCUUGAUGUUUGAGAGAAAUGGAAAACAUGUGCGUACUGUUGUUAGAGACCAGUGUAAGCUCCUUUUCUCUUAGGGCUGUUUGAUAUUUAAGCUUUGUGGUUAAUUAAGGAUCAAGGCAUUACUUUGCUCAUUCGAGCAAAUGGAUCCCAGUAUUAAUAGAUGAACUGCAGCUUGUUUUCUUGGCCGUGUCACUGAAGGACAAGUAGAGCUCUUAACACCCACACAUUGAUUUUUUUUUUCUAUGAAAAACGGCAUACACUGAAGAGAAAAACUGUAUUUUAAAAGGAAGACUCAUAAAAUCAGCAAUUGCCAAGUUCCUGAUAAGCAAAGAAUCUCCUUUCUCUUGCAAACGCAUAAGCUAAAAUGGCUGUUUCUCUCCCUGCAUAAAUGAGGGGUUUUUAAGUCUCCCAGGUGGGAUCUGUAUUUUCAGAAUUGUCCAUUAGUGAACUUUUUUCAGCUUCAUUAUCUGUAAGGGUCCUUCUUGUUUGUUUCUCAGUGUUGUGAUAUUCAUGUGAUUUCUUUGUUAGACCUCCCAUUUCCCUUAAAAACCAGUUGUAUAAAAUGCAUUCAAAUAAUAAACAUGUUUUUUUUUCUUUU